AUGGUCCCACGCCUGUUCCUGGGCCAAAAAGCACUUUCAGUUGUGGUGCUGUGGGUGGGCACCAAUAAUCAUGGUCACACUGCAGAACAGAUCUGUGGAGGCAUCAUGGCCAUAGUCCAACUCAUCAAAGACAAGCAACCACAGGGAGUGCUACCCAGGGGUAAGAUGCCCAACUCCCUGCGGGAGAGGAACGCCCAGGUUAACAAGCUGGUUCAGGAGGCUGUGUCCUCUCUCCCCCACGCCUCCCUCCUCAAUGUGGACCCCGGCUUGGUGCACUCGGACGGCAGCAUCUCCCACCAGGACCUGUAUGACUACCUCCACCUCACCCCGCAGGGCUACCAGGCUGUGUGCCAGCCGCUACACGCCCACCUCAAGGGCCUGCUGGAGAAACAGGCUGAAAACUGA